UCUAUGCAGUUUUAAAUCUUGAAAGUAUUCCAAAUAUUACGUUUACUAAGGAACCAAUAAACAGGGACUAAGUUAAAGAAAUGGUAUACUACUCAAAAUAUCUUCCUCGUGGACAUUGAUUAGCGAUCGAUCUUCCUCUGUGUAGUUUUGAAAACACUGCAGCAUCUUCGUUCCGGGAAACGGAAAAUUUUGGAUUCCAUUUUACAGUAACCUCUAGUGACGUGUGACGCAUAGGAAACGAGAUGCAGAACAAAAGCGAACGAUCUUUGAUACGUUGACUCGUGGAUACGAGAUUGUAUGAGAUUUUUUAGGCAGUGUUUAAGAACGUCAGAACAAAGCUGUUACCCGGGGUGUUCCUAGUAAUCAAUUUCGACAUUGUCGUAUAUACCUCCAAGUAUCAAAGUCCACGUAUCUCAAACUCGAAAAAGUGCUUAACAACCCCAUUCUAUACGCAAUUAUAAAUAAAAACACCGUGAAAUUUUCAUUCGACGCAAAAAUAAACAAAUGACAUAAAUUCUACGAAAUUGCUAUUGCUCAGACUUGAAUGGACGUAAGUGACGCGUAAAAUUUCAUCAAUUUCGAUUGAUUCGAUGCUUUCAUCGGAAUCUAUUCCUCAAGAAACCUCCAAGGCCGCAGGGACAAUCGGUUUGGAUGCACCGUUUCGGUGAUAUUGGAAAAAAUUCUCGUAGUCGGUAAUUACAACCAGGGCCCUUCCCUUCAAAGUGAAGUAUAAUCGAUAGAGAACAUGCAACAAAAACUCCUUAAGGAUGCGCUAAUACUGAUGACCAGUCUUUCAAGCGUAACUAGUAACACGCUCACGUAAGUGAAAGUAGGUCUUGUUAGAAAAGUGUAAAACAAGUAUUCUCUCUUACACGGAUAGUAUAACCGUGAUGUAAACUUGCCGAAUUUGGAACAUCAUCGCAUCCUCUAGAAUCGCGUGAUGAUUUUUAUCGGAGGACCAAUUUGGUAUGUUUGCAGUACCUUGAUCUGCAAUAAUCACUCGAUAGUGAGCGACGCGCUAGUUUAACUUCGAUUAUGUGUUGAAUUACAUCAAUUCACUAGCUUGAUAGCCUUCCAACAUGACAAUUUGUCAACACCACAAAAGCCGUUUUCUCCAUCAGUUUAAAUGGGCAGACAAAACAAGCCUCGUGAGAAACGCAACAUUGAGUUUAAGGGCGGAGUCGAAACGCAAGCAUUAACGGUUUGUACACGUAAGUUAGUCACGAGAAGGUGACAGUCAAGUGUCGGCCACUGGGUAGGAUCGUUAUGACCGAGCUCGAUGAAAUUGAGGUAUUCUUCGUUAACUGAAGUUGAAUCAGACACGCAGCAACCUGCAUAAACGACUUCGAGCAAUACAUUCGCUGAUUAAACUCAAAGUGUAUCCGUACCAAAAUUACCUGACUAGUAAGAUUUGGGUAGCAAAAUUAUUCAAGUUUCACAAACUGAAGGAUGGUAUACGAUUUUUUAAAGAUUUAGAUUACAGUUUCCGAGAGAUGGAAGUCAUCUUUGCCUCAAGAAGAAUAAGAUCGGUGUUACUGCGCAGCAGUAUUGCUUGACGAGUAGCUUGCAUGGACUAAGAUAUGUCGGAGAUGCCACUUUGUCGAUGCUCGAAAGGUUUUUCUGGAUUUUUUCAUUCAUCGUAGCCGUUUUGACAGCAGCAUAUUACAUCUGGAAUCUUUAUCAAAAGUGGACGGACUCUCCCUUAAUAAUUUCUCUCAGCCCAGACCCCGUAUCGUUGGUCGAGAUACCGUUUCCAUCUAUAACUGUGUGUAAUAUGAACAAUGCGAAGAAAUCCGAAGCUGAUCGUAUAAAUCAAGGAACAGAUAAUUUACAAAAAGUUCUACUUAACGAUAUUUGUAAACUUGAGAAUGGAACAUCCACUAACGAUCUCGAUUCGGAAUCAGGCAAGUGGAGCAACGUACAACGUUUCAUGAUAAACGUCAGCCAACCAUGCACAGAUAUGCUAUUCUUAUGUCGAUGGCAUCAAAAUACUACAGAAUGUGAAAAAAUCUUCAAUCCGACAUUGACUGACGAAGGCAUUUGCUGUAACUUCAAUGCCGUGCAUCGAAAAUACUUAUUUUAUAAUCCACGUGACAUGUCUGAUUUGAACGUGACAUUUCCAUUCACGAGUGUCGACUGGACUCCGGAGCAAGGGUACGCGUCAAAAACGCCUGCCGAUUCCAUACCUUGGAGACCGUAUGGUGCAGGGAGACAUCUCGGACUUACCUUGGUUCUCGAUGCUGAAAUCUCGGAGUACUACUGUUCAUCCACUGCCAGCAUUGGUUUUAAGAUGCUCCUGCAUAAUCCAGUGGAAACCCCGAAAAUAGCGGAUUUUGCGUUUACCGUAGAACCUGGUAAAGAAACAAGAAUCGUGAUUCGACCCACCGUCACAUCUGCAAGCAGAUCGAUAAUUAGGGUGCCAAGAAAAAAACGGAGGUGUUUUUUUACCUCUGAAAGAUCUUUGAAGUACUACAGAACUUACACGCAAAGGAAUUGCAUCUUGGAGUGCGAGGCUAACUUCACCCAACAAAUUUGUAGCUGUGUUCAACAUUACAUGCCAAAAUCAGCAAAUACCACUAUAUGUGGAAAAAAGGAUGAGAAAUGUGCGGAUCAGGCUCGACUCAUAAUGGAAUUGAAACUAUACGACGACGAAAAUACUACAAGUUUGUUCAACGCAAGCCAAACGAGUAGCUGUAAUUGUUGGCCGGGAUGCUUUGAAAUAAAUUACAACGCAGAACUUUCCCAGAGCAAAUUGGUUCGGAGUUUUGACAUUGAUUCGGACUACAUAAAGAAGGACAGAGAAUACUUCGUAGAAAACAUUGCUGUAGUUCAUCUAUAUUUUGUGGAUUCGCAAUUUACGGCACAUGUCAAAAAUGAAUUAUUCGGAUUCACUGAACUAUUGUCAAACACUGGAGGCCUACUUGGACUAUUUAUGGGUUUCAGUUUCUUGUCACUAGUGGAGAUAAUAUACUUCAUCACUUUGAGACUCUGGUGUCGAAUUUAUAGACGAAAGUCACUGUCUCUACAAACUCCUCUUCAAGUAAUGCCGCAGCCUCAUCAAUAUGCCACCGUUUAUCCGUUUGCUCAAUAGGUAGAACACAGAUACACUGAAAAAAAGACACGCAGCAAGGUGACGUUGUACCUGUGUAUUGUACGCUAAUGAAUACAUGUUUGAUUACAAGUAACUACGGAGAGACGGUGUCGAUAAUGUACAGUACAAACGGUUCACAGAGCUGCGGUACACAAUUCGUAAAUACGUAUUUUAAUAGCAAAAGUUAAUAAACGAUCUGUAAACAGUACUGCAAGUAGCAUAUCCCUGUAAUAUAGUAUAUCUGCCACAUAUACCGAAUAAUAUCCGCAAUAUUUCUAGAAACAAAAGUACGAGACGUUAAAAUUCGUUAAAUUCGAUGGUUAUCGUCUGAGCAGAUCGAAUAUGUAUUAUUAUAUUGCAUAUUCCAAGUUUUGCAUUGUCACACCUUGUGCCCAUUCAAUUCAAUCGAUGAGACUAUUUCUGAUAGAGUAUAAAACAGUAGAUGUCACCAACUGAUUAAGAUAAAUAUUAACUUAAAACAAAAAGAAUAAUUUUAUGCUCACGGCAAUGCUAAUAAAAGGAAGAAAAUAUUUAGUUUAGAUAAAAAAAGAAAGAUAUUUUUGUUGCUGUACCUAUAAAUAGAGAUUUGAGUUGAAUUACGUAGGAGGUAUGUAUGAGUAACGGAUCCCUUAUCGUUAGUCGAAAGCUUUCGAGAAUGGCCACUCGAGCCGGGCGCUACAAUCGGUUAUAAAAGACGUGAGCGAGGGUAGCGUACCAGUUUUGAGGAUAGUCCGUCGUGGUCCAGACGUGGUAGAGACGAGAAGCGCUCGAGACAGUCAAGUUAAUGUCAGUUUCUGAGUUAAAAACGGUACGAGGGGAGAGUCCGUCAAUUUGAAUUUGAACACGAGUAGGCGCAGAUACAUGUUAGACGCGCCUGGUUCUCUGCGGCGUGGACACCGAGGUGUUCAUGUCAGCUCGUGGAGAUCCCGGUGUCAAUAAUGAGCAUUUGCAUGUAUCGAAUGGAUUCUUUUUUUCGGGUUAUUGGUAUCGUUGGAAGAAAAAAUUGACGGCUCCUGUGGCUUAAACUUGAGGUGUUUUUGGAUCGAGGUGGGUGUAAAAUGUGUGCUGGAGCUCCUGACGUCACGAUUGAUGAGUUAGUGGCGGUGACGUGGACUUAAAAAUGUCCAUGUGACCGUGUUGGGACUCUGGCGUGGGUUGCACUAUUUGCAUGCGCUAAAUUUCGAUUUUCAUUUGUGACUACUUGAUCAAGAAUCAAGACAUUUUGAUACAUCGUGGUGUAUUAUAAUGAUUGUAUCUGACAUGGGUGUACGCCAGGCUGUGAUGAAUUAUGAAUUAUAGAAUAGGAGAGGAUAUGAACAAGAAUGAAAAUGAUCUGUGAUUGUGACCACGAAUUUGUAAACUGUAAACUCGUUGAGUCGGUGACCGGUAGUGUCAAGGACGGUAGAAAUAUGAGAACGUAAAUAUACGAAAACAGAAAUGAGCAUAAUUAACCUUCAGUUCUUUUUUUGCUUUUGCCGUAGAAGGUAUAAAAAUCGCAGGUUAUACUUUAUUUAUUUCUUUAUUUCUAGUUUGGGAUAUGUGAAGCAAGAGCCAGAUGGUACCUACUUCACCAUGGUUCAUAAAUCUUAAAAAUAUUUAUUUAUGAGGUCGCAAGUCAGUCAUGUCGAUGAACGAUCGCAAAUUAAUAAAUUAAAAUACGGAAUCGAUAUAAGAAGAUGUAGAAGGUUCGUUGUUGAUCAGGAAAGGGGGUUAAUUCACCAUUGAAACGAGUAUGAAUUGUGGACACACCUGAUGCUGCUUUCCAUAUGUAUAUCUAAUUGUUAGUUUUGUGUGAACGAUAAUUCUGAGAAAAUUGAAUGAAUAGUCGUGUCGAACAGUUAAAACUGCCGAGAAACAGGUGUGGUAAUAAUUUACAAGAACAAAAAUCAGCACCCAAUAACUUUAUUAACGCAGCAAGUCCGAUGGAGUUUGUGAAUUGAUUAGUGCCACUCUGACACGUCUUGCAGCAAACCCUGCGCUGUUUCCGGACGAAUCAAUCGCCUGCAACGAAUCAUCCUACAAGGUAUUUCAAUGUGAAGAUGGAUUGGAAACGGGAGAUUUAAAUCGACAAUUAUUUUUAUUUGCUGUAUUUGUCGAAAUAUAUUUUCACUGUAUAAAUCAAGACGAUUUUUUCUUGGUACAUUAUGGAUAGAAUUUAUAUACCUUUCCAUUUGAUUUUUUUUUUUUUACAUCAGCCUUAAAAUGUUCAAUUUUUUCAAUGCAUUCGUACAGUUUGAACCAUGUAAUAACGUUGUAACUGCACAAAAAUGUGAAGUAAUAAAA